AUGACAGUCCUUGACCAUAUACCCUUGCUGCGACAGACGCUGUCGCCCGGCAGCGACGUCUUGAUCAAACCUGAGGACUCAGAAUUCCAGGAGCUCCUAGCACGCUGGACUGAUAUCGAUCGCAAGGAGCCCGCAGCUAUCAUACUACCUUCUUCUGAGAACGAUUGUUUGAAAGCUGUACAAUGGGCGUUGCAUUCGUCGAUUCCCUUUGUGGCAAGAAGUGGCGGCCAUAGUGAAUGGUCAACUAUUGACAAACAUGGAGUGAUAAUCGAUCUUAGUCGGUUUUCUGGAGUUGAGGUGGACGCAGAAGCCAAGACUGCUGUCUUACGAGGCAGUAUCUUGAGUAAACAGGUUGCUGUCUCUCUUGCAGAGGCUGGGUUCUUCACAGCGCUAGGAAAUGGCAACAACGUGGGCGCAAUUCCAUAUAUGCUAGGAGGCGGUGUCGCCAUUACGACUUCAACUACCGGCUUCGGAUCAGAUCAGAUACUUGCAGCACGUAUCAUUACCGCCAAUGGCGAGCUAUUAUCCGUCGAUGAGGACAAUCACCCGGACCUCUUGUACGCGAUCCGUGGUGCCGGACAGUUCUUCGGUUUGGUUACUGAAUUGACUAUCAAGGCACUGCCGCUUUCCUUGCUGGGCAAUGACGCCGGAGCGAUAUGGGUAGGAAGCUUUGUUUUUCCUAUCGAUCGGGCGGAAGAGGUAGCAACUGUCAUGAAAGAUCUGAUGGAUGAUGGCCGCUAUGCGACGGCAGGUCUCAUGAUGGUCAUGGCACCGCCGCCAGAUCGAAGACCGGCUCUGGUUAUAGCAGCGCGGUAUGAAGGCAAUCCAGACGAUGCGGAAAAGGCCUACGCACCUCUGUAUAAACUGAGCCCCGUCAUCGCUAACGGAGGACCAGUACCUAUACAAAAUACAAGCGACAGUCGUGCAGCCAUUGGUGCCAAGGGAGACUUUAAGCGAUUCGGUGUUGUGGGCCUUCAUGGCUUCAACGUCAACUCAUUCCUAGAGACAGUCGAGCUAUAUAAGGAGCUGAUUGCCGAAUGCCCGGAUGCAAUCAAUACAGCUUUCAACUUUCAAUGGUGGUCGACACCACCCAGAAAACCGGACUUUGAGUCUGCCAUGUCGCUUCAUGAUAUUCGUUACUGGCAGAAUAAUCUAAUAUGGCACACUGAUGCACGCAAUCGAAGAAAAGUGGACGAAUAUAACGACAGGUGCAUUGCCAUCAUGAGAGGUCCCAACCCUAUUGAACUGGUCAACUAUCAGAAUGGUACUCGCGAUGGACCUAUUGAGUGCAGAUAUCGCGGCAUUGAGAGACUCGCUCGACUGAGACAGUUGAAGAAACAGUGGGAUCCAUCUGGCGUCUUCACUAGACAGCUGCUCGACUAG